CGGAAGCGGAAACAGCGUCUCUUUAUUGUGACGAGCGGUACGUGUUGUGGUUCUGAUCUGAGAUCAAACCCCAAACCGUGCUUUUCCGCGGCUGAUUGUCCCUAAACAGAUGAAAGAAGAGCACACUCUUCAGGAUUCAGAAAGAAAGAGAAAGACGUUCCCGUGUGUUCCAGCUGACUGAUCUGGGGAGCCGGUGUGUGUCGGUGCUGCAGCGAUGGCUGAGAGACUGGCGGCGAGCCCCUGCUCUUCAGAGCCGGACAGUCCCGGGGAUCUGAACCGAGGCUGCCUCCUGGAACCCGGGGACGUCCUCUACCAGGAUAUGUCCAUCAUGGUCCCAGAAACCCCCAGUCCACAGCUUGGCAAGCGGAGGAGAUGUCGGCGUAACUUGGAGGAACAUUUGAACCCUGUGGCAGCUGGGGGUCCGUCCGGACUACAACAACACGCCAUUGGUGAACGAGGGUUUUCGCAUAAAUCCAAGCGCAGACGGCUGGGCGAGCAGGCCGCCGGCUUCGUUCCAGCUUCCUCUCUGAGAGCUUUGCCUUUGGGCAGCUGGCUGGAAACCCCUUCUUCCUCCUCAUCCUCGUCUUCCUCAUCACCUUCCUCCACCUCCUACCUCACACCUGUCUCAGUCCUCCGUACGAGACCACCUCACACGAUGAUGGCUUCAGCAUCUCCUUCAGCUGCAGCAUCUACUUCAGGCUCUCUGUCCUUCCUGACAGAAGAGGAGAAGAGAUGGUUAAAGGGGGAACAAGGAGAUGAUUCAUCAGAUCUGAUCAGCCAGCGCAGGCGACGUGGGCGGAGCAGGAGAAGAAACGGAUUACCCGACUUUUCAGAUGACGUUCAGGGAAAUGACUAUGAGGCUCUUCUGGAGUUUGAGGAGCGCCAAGGUGCCGUCGUGUCCAAGAAACUGAGUCGCAGGGAAAUCCAGAGGUUUCCCACCAAAACAUUCCAGUCUGCCAGCAACUCUGGGAACAAUCAGUGUCAGAUCUGUUUCUGUGAAUACGCUGACGGGGAGAAGCUGAGGAUGCUGCCCUGUUUCCAUGACUACCAUGUUCAGUGUAUUGACCGUUGGUUGAAGGACAACGCCACCUGUCCCAUCUGCAGGGCCAACCUGGCUGAUGGAGAAGCUCUGGUCCCACCAACCCUUUGACAGUAUUUGUGUUUGAGGAAGAACUCAACUUUUUUUUUUGUAGUACUUUAAUUAUUUACAUGUGUUUUUAAGCACUGAUGGACUCAGCAGGAGUGACCUGUUGACGCUGCUGCUGUGUUGUGCGCUGAAACAAAUAAAGUGAUCUUUUUUGCU